GAAUCGCGCUGGUGGGGAUAGGCGGAGAGCGGAGAGGAGAGCAGACACAGACACCGGCUCUGCAGCGCCGACGGGCGACGAGCCACCGACAGUUCAGUCGUCGCUUGCACAAUGGCGCGCACGCUCGGUCCCUCGUCUCUCUACUGCCGCCGUCGUUUCUGAGCGGAGGUACGGCCCAAAGCGUUGGACCGUCCGUAGCGCGGGAUACAAUCUCUGUCUCCUCCUCAUCGUCAUCUGCUCCGAUAUAUUUGUUUGUGCACACACACACACACACGCGAGUAUAUCUAGCUAUUUCUCUCUUUGUGCAAGCGACACGCUCUCUUUGUGCAUCGAUUUUCUCCGAUCGCGGCGCGAGCGGAGUUCUUCGAGCAAAGUUUAUCUGCAGGCAUCCACGUAUAGGCGUGUGCGGCCGCAGUGUUGCAAAAGAAGAGAUCGGCGCAGGAGAUAGCGAGGAUCCAGCGCGCGAAAAAAAACCCAUUUCGCCCGGAGGAAGCAGCCGCCGCCGGGGAAAUUCGUCUUUUUUUCGAGCGGACGACGGUCGCUAACAACGUUCUUGGAGCGCCGAGCCUACCCCCGCUCAGGAACGCAUUCGGCACGCAUACUACACGCAGAUAUUCACGAGGACCUUUCGACGAAGCCAGGCAGCUCAGCUCUUCAGCGUGGUCCAGACCAAGAGAUCUCUCUCCGUCCACGCACGUGCUGUAGCCUCUGUGCAGCUCCGCAAACUGCACCGAGAACGGAAGCGCAACAAGCCAAGCAGUUAUAAGGAUCAUCUCCCAGCCCUCUUUUCUGCGAUUGCCUCUUCAUGUACGAGUACUCGCGACUUGUUACUUGUGCCGGUGCGGCAGUUGCUAGUGUGCGUACGGAUAAGUUCAGUGAGGCCAGCUCGUGAGAGUGUUGACAGUGUGCGAGUGUGAGAUAGAGUGCAGGAAUAGUCAAGUCGAUAGUUGGAGCAAGCCAGCGAGCUACGAGUGCAUAGUUCAGUCCAAUGGUCAACAUGCGAGUGGCCACGCGGCACCAGCAGCCGAUGCACCUGCAGGUGACCCGCACGAACAACGGCAAGUUCCUGGUCAGCCCGAAUUCCAGCCCCGAUCAUCAUCACCAGCACCAACAGCCCCACCACCACCGCCAGCACCACCAGCACCACCAGCACCACCAGCACCGGCACCACCAUCACAGUCAGCCGGUCGCGGCGCAGCAGCCGCAAGGAGCCGAGGAUGCGACGCCGGCCCAGCAGGUCAACGCCACCGCCGGCGAGUCGCACGGACCCACGAUCCUGGGCGACAGGUUUCUCCUCGUGGCCCCGGCCGAGGGCAGCACGCUCUUCAGGUGCGUCGACGUGCACACCGGUCAGCAGCUCGUCGCCAAGGCGCUGACGCUGGGAGACAGGGGCGCGGAGGCCCUGCUGCAGGCCCACCUGCGUCUGGAGGGCACGGGCGCCGUGAGCGCCGUCGCCGGGCUCGUCGACGCCGGCAAGAAGCGCUACCUUCUGCUGGAGGGCCACCACGGCGAUCUGCACGCCUACGUGAGGGCGCGCAGGAGGCUGAGGGAGCCCGAGGCGAGGCGGCUCUUCAGACAGGCCGCCAGGGCCGUAGCCACGUGCCACGAGAACGGCGUCGUCCUCAGGGACCUCAAGCUCAGGAAGUUCGUCUUUGCCGACGAGGCGAGAACGAAGCUGCGGCUGGAGAGCCUGGAGGACGCCGUGCUGGUCGAGGAGGACGACGACAAGCUCUCGGACCGGCGGGGCUGCCCGGCCUACGUGGCGCCCGAGGUCCUCCGCUCCGGGCGCGCCUACUCCGGCAAGGCCGCCGACAUCUGGUCCCUGGGCGUGCUGCUCUACACGAUGCUGGUGGGCCGCUACCCGUUCAACGACGCUGAGCACGCCUCGCUCUUCGCCAAGAUCUCGCGCGGCCAGUUCGCCGUCCCGGAGGCCCUCACCCCCCGGGCGCGCUGCCUCGUCAAGGCCCUGCUCAGGCGGGAGCCCUCCGAGCGACCCCUCGCCGAGGACGUGCUCAGGCACCCCUGGCUCAGCAAGCCCCUCAGGCAGCCCAGCUCCGGAACGAGCCUCGCCGGCUGCCACGCCAGCGCCAGGAGCCACUCCAGCCCCGCCGCCCCCGGCAGCGACCAGCUCGUGCCCGAGCUCCGCAACGUCAAUUCGAGUAGUCAUAACCGCGUGAGCCAAGACUGAGAGAGCGCGACCACGUGCGCGCCGUAGAGCCGGGCCGAGAAUCCGACGGUUCCGUUGUGAGUGUGCGCGUGCGAAUGCGAGUGCGACGAGAAGAGAGAGAGAGAGAGAGAGAGAGAGAGAGAGAGAGAGAGAGAGAGAGAGAGAGAGAAAAAGAGAGGUGGCCACGAGUAGUCGCCCUGAUUCUGAAUGCGCUUGAAAAUUGCUGACGAUCCUUUCGAGACUUUCAAAAUCUAUCCGAGUCUGCUUUAUCUGGCUUUCCAACAGGUCUCCAGCUUUAUUUCGAGAACGCGCCAGCGACAACGAAGAUUCACGUGGUUAACUUCAAUCUUUUUCUCAUAACGCGAAUAUUUAUUUGAAUGGCCGUCAGAACAUUAAGAUAAUUUAAGAUUCUCUUGUAAAUAGUAUUAACUAACUUCGAAAACGUUCAAACAAAUAUUUUCCAACUGAUCUUUCUCUCUCUAUCUCGAGAUAUAGUCAAUUAAAAUUGCGAAUAAAAUUUGUCUCCGAUUUUCACCACUCGUUUACAAUUGUUAAUCUUCGUUGUGGAGCAAAUCGGGAGGUAAAGAUGCAUUUAGAGGCAGUUUUCGAUAUCGAGCAUCCCCCCUCCCACCACGAAAAUCACUUUCGACCAACAAAAAGCUAUGUGUAUUACCAUCGAAACUUCUCAAAAUGUUUUAACGAUAGAAAAACAAUUCGUCGAGAGCUUUUUUUCGUCCAACAAACGUGAAGCAUUUAAAGGGCCACCGCGCGGGCUUUCGAUUUUUGUAAAACUGUACACCAACAAAGCUGCAAGUGAGUUUAUAAGAAAAUUUCCGGCGUUCCAUGAACUUUGUAAAUUAUAAUUCGGUAUCAUAGUCGAGCGAUCAAGUGUCGCUCGAUGUCGAUAAGCAUAUCUCUGCGUGAUAUAUACAAUUACUUCGGUAUUCCUCAUCGAAACUUGUAAAACUCGCCUUGUGCGAUGAUUGUUGCUUUUUGACGCUCUGCGUACUUACUCCCGAGAAAAAAUACAAACAAAUUUUUAAUGAACGAAUUUUAAAAAAGCAUCAAAGAACCACUGAUAACGUACAUUUGCCAAAGCAAUUUUGGCCAUUUUUCAAUAAUAAAUAGUUGUUUGUAAUAAUAAAUAAUAUUUCUCUGUACUGCUGUGGAAAUUUUCUUGUGAGUAUUUUAUUACAAUGUGAAUCACCAGCAGUGUGAGAAUCAUCUCUAACUAUACUUACAAGAACUUUUCCACAGUAAUGCGUUUCAAUACGAUGAAUCUACAAAGAAGCAAGGACUUGAACAGAAGAAAAAUCAAAAUAUUACGUAUAGGAUCGAACAGUCAUUUCAAACACAUUGGGCCUGAAAGCGACUUUGCAGAUAAAAAAACAAAUUUCAACGAUUAUUUCUAGUGGAGAAUAAUUCGAUGCCUUAAUCAGCGAAUCAAUCUUACACGAUCCUAGGGUGCAGUUUUUCAGUUUCACUUAGUCAUUUGGAAUCGUAAGAGCCAACAUACGAGUUUCCUUUCCUAUCCUGUAUAUGUGUAAAUGCGUACCCCGAAAAUGAUAUGUGUAUAUAAGUAUAUACAUCUGGUUCAACGAUGCCACGUUGUGUACCUAUAUGUAUAGGCGAUGUACGGCUUGCGGCUUGUAAAUUAGAAUUUUUUAGUAUCGCCGACAAAUAUGCAGCGUAUUUGCUUAGUGUAAUCAUAAAUAGUGCAACUGAUUCUCUCAAUACUUUUAUUUGUCAACCAACAUAUUUUGUCUAUCAUAUAUCUCAAAUAUUAAUUCUCCGGACAAAGUAUAAUUGAAAAGAGAUAAAAGCAGCUUAUAUGUUAAGUUUCUAAAAAGCUAGAAUUGUCCGCAUCGGUGAUUAUAUUAUGUAAAACGAAAACGUAAUUUUGAAAAGAAAAUAUAUAUAAAUAUAUAACUUCAAAGAGCACGCAUAAAAGGGUCCUAUAGAUUCAAGUCUUUUUGUGCGUUUAACCUGUUAUAGGGUGCCAACACUGAAACGCGUAAUUUUAAUGUGAGAUGUACAUAAAAUGACGAUUACCUAAGUCCUAUGUAUGUAUAAAAUAAGUCAGGUUAAUUAAAAAAUGACUGUAUAUAUAGAGAACAAAAUAAAAUGAUGUUUGUGAAUUAAAA